GUUCAAUUUUCACUAUUCACCUACCUAUUGAAGGAAGAAGUAAGAUCCGGAUCAAAUCGAGGAAAAUUCCUAUUUCUGCACAAAAAACUCAAUCAAAAGCUAUGGCUCCACGUAAGCGUAUCUCUAAAAUUGCCCCGCGCGUUAUGGCGCCUUCGGAGAAAAAAGAAAAUUUUCGCAGCGUCGCCACACAAACUGACAUUGUUGGACGUGUGCCGCUGGGCGGCCAACGCAAGCGUAUGAAGAUGUCCCCGGGAUCCAAGCAGCUCUUCGAUUCGCAUGUGAUUCCGGCCGUGAACUCGGCGGUUGCUGGUUCAGCUGUUCCUCCAUUCCCAAUCUCUGUGAUCAUUACUACUCCGGCUUUGGCCGCCACUAUUCCGUGCGAAAACGAGAAGAUGUGUCAAACCGAGGCCCCGGGCUCCGUAGAUAUAAUGGAUGGCAGAGUUAUUGUCGCACGCGCUGGUUUUGGGGGCAGGAUAGGCCAUCUGAAGACAAUUAUGGUGCAACGCCGUGCCGAGGCUAUUGGUUGGGACCGUCAGCGCGUGGCCACUUUGAUCAAGACCAUCAACGCUGAUCCGCCGCCGCGCUGGCAUGCGGCUUCCCAGAUGUGGCUCGAGGUGGACAAGCUAGAGGAGCGUAUUGAGGCAUACGAAGCCCACGAGAAACUACUUAACGAGGUCCAGGAGAACUCGUCCCCUGGAGAAUCUGAACCUGCUGCCUAAAGCUCUACCUCAGUAUUUGAUUUAUAUUAUAGUCAUUAGUCAGUAUCAGUAAGCUAUUACUCAGUAUUCAGUUAGCCAUAAUACUCAUUACUUUACAUGUGUCAAUUUGUGUUGUGCCAAAACUAGUUACCUACCAUUAAAUAUGAAAAGGAUGCAUUCAAGAAUUCUUUCUUACAUUACAUGCUUUACGUUAAGAACGGUCGAUUUUAAAAUUUCAAUGUGUCUGCCAAUUUUUAAAUUUCCCGCGUCGCUAGAGAGGAGCCAAAUAAGGUUGCCACUAAGUCGAUAACGAUAACUUAAUAGUUGUACAACUCUGGUGGCCAGCUGUUUACUCUUACAUAUAGGUGGGUGUAUGUUCGUGUAGAUUUAUUCAUAGCCCCAAAAAGAAAAACGCAAGUUUCGGGGAUGCAAGAUACAAUUUUAUAUAAGGUCUAGCGUGUUUGCACACAAGUCAUAUUCACAUUGGAGCUACGUCGAGCGUUCUGUCACCAAGCCCCCCAGCCCCGCAAACGGCAUAGAGGAAGAGUGUGUAUGUGCGUGCUCUGCUGCCUGUGUAUGUGUGUGUGGUGUAGGUGUGCGUGAAUGAAAAACCAGCAACUGUGAAAAUAUAACCAAAAAUAAGGUCCACUAGAUUCCGCCUUUCCCAGAAAACAAAGCAGGCGGGUCUUCUUCUAACUAACAGAAGCAUCAGCAGUUAAAUC